AGUCGUAAGAAGAAAACAACCAAAGCAGCAGAUUUUCAUUACCAACUCAAACAAACUCUCCCAAAUUCCCCGCCACACAUUCCCACUCGCCUUAUCUUCCUAGCUCUUCCCUCUUCCCACUAAUUUCCCACAUCUUUCAAAUGCACCCAUUUCCCAAAACCCGCCUCCCAUUCUCCUCCUUCCGCCGCCGCCGAUGGCGUCAAGACUUGGCUUCAACCUAGCAAAACCCAGGCUUUUCACUGCCCAAAUCAGAAAACCAUUCUUCUUCGCGUCUUCUUUGCCGUCUCCUGCUCCCGGAGUUCAUUCGGUUCAGUUUGGUGCCAAGAAAUUAACUUUCCCGCGCAGACUGGUCUUUCUUUCUCCUCAGGCCACCAGUGAGCAGCCAGGUCAGGUCCAAGGAGAUGAGGUUGUUGACAGCAAUGUCUUGCCUUAUUGCAGCUUAGAGAAACAGAAAAAGUCUAUUGGUGAGAUGGAGCAGGAGUUUCUGCAAGCACUCCAAGCAUUCUACUAUGAAGGAAAAUCUAUCAUGUCCAACGAGGAAUUUGAUAACCUCAAGGAAGAACUUAUGUGGGAGGGAAGCAGUGUUGUAAUGCUAAGUGGUGAUGAACAGAGGUUUUUGGAAGCUUCAAUGGCUUAUGUAUCUGGGAACCCAAUUAUGUCAGACGAGGAAUAUGAUAAACUGAAACGACAACUUAAGAUUGAUGGGAGUGAAAUCGUGGUCGAGGGGCCUCGAUGCAGUCUACGUAGUAAAAAGGUAUAUAGUGACCUUUCUGUCGACUACCUCAAGAUGUUUCUUCUGAAUGUACCAGCUGCAGUUGUUGCACUAGGAUUGUUUUUCUUCCUCGAUGAUUUGACUGGAUUUGAGAUCACUUAUCUCUUGGAGCUUCCAGAGCCAUUCAGCUUCAUUUUCACGUGGUUUGCUGCUUUGCCACUCAUACUAUACUUGUCUUUCACCUUUACAAACAUCAUUAUAAAAGACUUUCUGAUCUUAGUGGGACCAUGUCCAAACUGUGGCACAGAGAACACUUCAUUCUUUGGCACCAUAUUGUCCAUAUCUAGUGGAGGAGCCAUUAACAAAGUGAAAUGUUCAAAUUGUGGUACGGACAUGGUGUACGAUUCUAAGACACGCUUGAUUACGUUGCCCGAAGGAAGUGAGGCUUGAACUGAGGAAAUAUUUUUUGGGUAAUCUUCAAGAGCUGGUGAUUCGAGGGGAAAAGAAUGCAUAAGCGAUGUAAAUGUGAGGAUGUAGAAAGUAGUUUGUUAUGUGAUGGCUGUAUAAAUUAAAGCUGUAUUGUGUGUAUAUUAUUAUUCUAUACAGAAUAUAUCAGACAGGUUGAGGGUCUCAAGAAAUGAGAUGGUUUGAUAGAUUGGAUGACUACACAUAUUUGAUGUCGCUUAAUCUCAUAUGUUGUGUUGAUACAUUUUUAAAAAAAUAAAAAAUCUAGUGUGCCCUCUAUUUA